AAGCCUAUCAUUCCGGAGCGCCUACCUGCGCAUGUGCAAGCCUUCCCUUGCUUUCCUCUUCCAAGUAGCUUUGACUAAAACUGAGCCUCCCGCGCGAUCUCUGUGCGCCUGCGUGCUGUGACCCUACGCAGCCCGGGAGGCGGGUCUUAGCUCCUAGGUGCGUAUGGCAGCUGAGGUGACGAAACUUCGAGGUGCGGGGAGAGGGUGCCGGAUCCAGGUGUAGAGAGCGGCCGUAUCAAGGCGAGAAGAGCGAGUCCGCCCCUCUCCCGCCUGGAAAGUGGUUUCUGCCGGUCCCUGGGAACACCGGAGUACCGGAUCUCGAUCCGUGGGGGCGGGGUCCUUGGAGGGGACGGAGCGCCCCCUCCUGGGAACAGGCGGUCUGUUCGCAGGGACUGCUGUUGGAGCCUGAUUGGUUAGAGAGACAUUCCCUAAACCCCUGGGGAGCCCAACCCUUGGGGUUGGGGGAUCCCCAGCUCAGUACUCCUGCAUCUCCUAUCAUCGCAGGGCCCCUUCCCUAGUGACAUAUGUCCCUUGUCCGGGGCCAUGGAGACACUGCAGCCACCACGGCGGCGCCUCUGUCUGAAGAAGGGGAAGUGACCUCCGGCCUCCAGGCUCUGGCCGUGGAGGAUACCGGAGGCCCCUCUGCUUCGGCCGAUCAAGCCGAGGAAGAGGGGGAAGGAGGCCGGGAGGAGGCUGAGCAUGAGGGGUCCGGGGCCGAGGAGGUGCAGGGAGAAGCCCCCAGCACUGAGGGGGAAGAGCAUGCCAAGGGAGAAUCCGAGGACUGGUGCGUGCCCUGCAGCGAUGAAGAGGUGGAUCUGCCCGCGGAUGGGCAGUCCUGGAUGCCACCCCCCUCGGAAAUCCAAAGGCUCUAUGAACUGCUGGCUGCCCACGGUACCCUGGAGCUACAGGCUGAGAUCCUGCCCCGCCGGCCACCCACACCUGAGGCCCAGAGUGAAGAGGAGAGAUCCGAUGAGGAGCCAGAGGCCAAAGAGGAGGAAGAGGAAAAACCGCACAUGCCCACAGAAUUUGACUUUGAUGAUGAGCCAAUGACACCAAAGGACUCCCUGAUUGACCGGAGACGCACCCCAGGAAGCUCAGCCCGGAGCCAGAAACGGGAAGCACGCCUGGACAAGGUCCUCUCAGACAUGAAGCGACACAAGAAGCUGGAGGAGCAGAUCCUUCGUACUGGCAGGGACCUCUUCAGCCUGGACUCAGAGGAUGCCAGCCCCACCAGCCCCCCACUUCGGUCCUCAGGAAGUAGUCUCUUCCCCCGGCAGCGGAAAUACUGA